GUCCAUAAAGAAGUAGUACUAUGCUCUUUCCUCAGGCAUCCUCUACAACUUUCAUGGCCACUAUCCUCGCCUUUUUUCUCUUCCUCUUCUUUCUAUUAUGGAUACUAAGAAAAGCUCGUAAAACAACACUUCCACCAGAAGCUGGUGGCGCCUGGCCUUUGAUUGGCCACCUCCACCUAUUAGGAGGGACAAAACCAGCCCAUAUCACAUUGGGUAACAUGGCCGAUAAGUAUGGACCCAUCUUCACUAUCCAGCUAGGAGUGCAUCGUGCUCUCAUAGUGAGCAGUUGGGAGAUAGCAAAAGAGUGCUUCACCACAAACGACAAAGCAUUUGCCAACCGUCCAAAAGCUAUAGCUUCAGAACUCAUGGGCUACAACUAUGCCUUGUUUAUACUUAGCCCUUACGGUCCUUACUGGCGCCAAGUGCGUAAAAUAGCCACCGUGGAGGUCCUCUCAAACCACCGCCUUGAGAUGCUCAAACACAUCCGAGAGUAUGAGGUAAAUAGAUCCAUAAAAGAGAUGUAUGAACUCUGGGUGAAGAACAACAAUAUGUUGGUAGAUAUGCAGAGAUGGUUUGGGACCAUAACCCUAAAUAUUAUAUUUAGGAUGGUUGUAGGGAAGCGAUUUUUUGGGACUGCAAGAAAGGAUGAGAAUGAAUUUAACGAUCAGUGUCGGAAUACAUUAAAAGAAGUCUUUGAGUUGAGUGGUACGGUUGUGGUAGCCGAUGCACUUCCUUACCUGAGGUGGUUUGACUUUGGAGGGUACGAGAGGGCCAUGAAGCAUACUGCGAAAGAAUUUGAUCAUAUGAUUAAAGGUUGGUUACAAGAACAUAAGCAAAGGAAGUUGUCCGGUGAGGCAAAGGAACCCCAAGACUUUAUGGAUGUGAUGCUGUCUGUUGUUGCUAGCGACGAAAAGAUCUCCGAUUAUGAUGGUGAUACAAUCACUAAAGCUACAUGUCUGGCCGUUAUCUUAGGGGGCACAGAUACAACACAAGUAACAAUGACAUGGGUUCUUUCUCUCCUUCUUAACAACCAAGAAGUCUUAAAGAAAGCACAACAAGAGUUAGAUGUCCAGGUUGGUAGAGAAAGACAAGUAAAGGAAUCAGACAUCAAAAACUUAGUUUAUCUCCAAGCUAUCAUCAAAGAAAGUACGCGUUUAUACGCUGCCGGAGCGCUCACUAUCCCGCACGAGUCCACUGAAGACUGCACUUUGGCUGGCUACCAUGUUCCAAAAGGCACGCGACUCAUUGUUAAUCUUUCAAAGAUGCAUCGAGACCCACAUGUGUGGUCUAAUCCAAAUGAAUUUCAGCCAGAAAGAUUUCUUUCAACCCAUAAGGGUAUUGAUGUUAAAGGCCAGCAUUUUGAAUUAACACCAUUUGGUGCCGGUAGAAGGAUGUGCCCCGGAGUCUCAUUUGCCUUGCAAGUUAUGCAACUCACAUUUGCUACCUUGUUGCAUGCUUUUGAUAUUGCAACCCCAUCAAAUGAGCCUGUGGACAUGACUGAGAAAGUUGGACUUACCAACCAGAAACUUACACCAAUUGAAGUCCAUCUCACUCCACGCCUUCCUGCUCAAGUAUAUGCAUGGCUUGAUUAGAUAUUUGAUAACUAAAAUGCAAAUUAUGCUAUUUAGUAAUAUUGUUGUACGAUUGUCAUACAAUUAGGUGAUGUGCCAGUAAAAAUCAGUCUUUGGUUCUUUUCUUUUACUAGUGCUGAUCCAAAGACUGAUUUUCACUAAUACGUCAUUAAAUUGUAUAGCAUGUGUAUAAUAUUUUGCUAAAUAACAUUAGUCUUUCAUAAUUAAUAGUAUGCAAAAGGAUUUUUCCAUUUUUUUCUAAAAAAAAAAUUGCAUUUUAGGCUAUUGAGGUAUUGUACUAGCUAUGUGUUACGUGGCAGGCCAUCAUACUAGCUAGUUGGCAUGCAGUAGAAGGAUUCCUAAAAUAAGAGGAUAUCUCCUCAUUAGAAUUCUAGAAUAAGAGGGUAUAUCCUCAAUGGUUUAAUAGUAGUCGUAUUUAUAAAUAUAUAUAGUUGACAACCAAUGUAGUUCAUCUACUUUGUUUUAAUUACAGUGUCUUGUAACACUUAUUUAA